GAGAGAGAGAGAGAGAGAGAGAGAGAGAGAGAGAGAGGGAGAGAGAGAGAGAGAAAGAGCGAGAGAGAAAUAUCGCGGCGUAAGACGCGACAGAGAUCGGACAGAAGAGAGUUACAGGCGUAAAUGGAAAGGGCGAAAUUCAUCGCGAUCAAAUCAGAGCCGGCCGAGAAUCGCGAGAUCGCGAUCUCCACGCGCGAAAUCAACGUGGCUGUUGAUUGACAAACAGGUGAUAUCCAAACCGUAUGUCUAAAAUCAACGAAGUCUCACUUCUCCCAAGAGAAUACAUCUGCGCUUUCUUCUUCUCUCCGAAUAAAUCGCUCAACGAGUCGUUGAGAGAACAUCUUGAAAGGGACAUCUCGAAUUUCGCGAGUGGGACGCGGAAGUUUACGAGUGUCACGGCUAGCCCUUCCGUUAGAACGGUCCAAGAUUGAAUUAAAGUCGGUCCCGUCUUACGGCGACGGUGAGACAUGAGAGACGUGAACGCCGGUGGAAGAGGACGAGCUGUUUACUUUAAGCGACAUUAAGUGACGCGCAAUUACGGAAAAUGGAAAGCCCGUCGUGGAGGCUCCUUGCGCGAGUUUUUCCGCGUCCCACGCGUCAGCGCGGAUCUCGGGGUGUCUCCGGGCCGGCUCUGGAUUGAACGUUGAGCAAAAGUGCCUUUUGUUGUUGCGCGUUUCGUAUCUUUCGUCAUUUGCCGGACACCGACGCGUCGGACCUCCUGGUUCUGUGUGCACUUCCUUUGCGUCUUCGUACCUCCGCGCCGGAGCAAAACGCGCGUUCAUCGAGCGCAUCGUGAAGCGGAAGAUCUCGAGUGAUCGCAUUUAUUCGCGAAUGUCAGUUUAAAGAGUGCUCUCUCCGCGUUUAUCGGGACGACGCAUCUUCAGUUUCUGACACUUCCUCGUCCGUUUGUUCACUCUUCUGUUCGUUUCUACGACUGAAAGGCUGAAAUCGCGAACUAAUCUUACUUAUACAUAUAUAUAUAUAUAUAUAUACAUAUACACACAUAUAUAUAACAUGUAAGUUCUUCGCAUUAAUCUUAAGGGGUAUACACCUUCUCAAACUAGAAGUUACUCUAUGUAUUAUCUCGAUUGUAAUUUUGUUGUUUACUAUAAUAGAUUUACGAAGCACAAUUCCUUUUUCGUGGGACGUGUCUGUGUUACAGCGGAAGAUAUCCGCGCUCCGGAUACGCGAGACGUCCUCAAAUAAGUGGUACAAUUAUUCUACGUAGCGUGCAAACGUUCCAAUCGGUCGCGAGUUUCUCAGAUUUAAGUAGACGCACGACUCGAUUAAACUCAAUUAGACAGAAGAGAGAGAGAGAGAGAGGAAGAGGGAGAGAGAGAUCUUCGUCUUUUGGGGGAGCAGCGCACGGGGGAAGAUUUCGCCUAGAGAAUUAUUUUAUUAUCGCGUUCGUUUUGCGCUAUCUCACUUCUCGAGCCACGGAAAUUGUUAUAAUAGAUCGCUCGUUUGACAGACACAUACACAUACAAUUCGUAUUAAAUCAUUGCGAACUAACAAAGCAGUGGUUACAUAACAAUGUAAAUAGAAAUGCGUUCCCUUCCACACGCGUUUGUACACAGAAAGACCAAUAGACACCGAGCGUGCAUGAUUCAACGAUGACUAUCUGAAUUGAAUUGAAUCAACGUUGCGUUAUUGAACUUUGAUAGCGAGAGAGAGAGAGAGAGAGAGAGAGAGGAAUCUCCGUACUCACACAUACACGGGGAGAAUUUUGCAGUGAGAGUUAUAGAAUUUCGCAACUAAGGAACAGAUCGACAUCCUGUAGUAAUUGGUUAUCCUGUCGUUUCAUAUGCGCUGUUUACAUUUCAGGAACUGAAAUAUUAAAGCGUUUGCUAUGUUUCUAGCGAAAUUAACUAUGCUAACAAGAUAGAGCUUAUUGACAAUCCAUUUCUAUACACUGCUGGAAACAGUAAAACUGUGGAGAAUUUAUAUGAAAAAAGAAAAAAACUACAAUACUCUCCCCGUAGAGAAUACUAGAUAGAGAAUAUACUGAUAUCCUGCAGAGAGAGUAAUUAGCUCUCCUCCCAUUUCAUAUGUGCUAUUUAUAUUUCAGGAAUUGAAAUGUGCUAUUAAAAAAGUUUGCCACGUUUCUAGCGAAGUUUACUAUGUUUCUUAGCAAGAUAAACCUCAUUGACAGUAUUCUUGUAUGUCUGGGAACGUAGUAAAGUUUCGUAGUAAAACUGAAAAGAAUUUAUAUGGAAAGAAACUAUUAUUAUUGUUAUUCUCUCCGUGUAUGCACGUGUAUACACACACACACACACACACACACACACAUAUGUACGUAUUGUAUUGCUAUGACUAAUUCUGCCCAUUGGUCAUAGCUACGACAGGAAAAGGAACCGUCGUUUCGCAUUAUGCGCGAACAUAAUAGCGAGGAAUGAGGGAGUUCCAAAGAUGAAAAUAUAUGGCACGAAAUACGCGGAAUAUGCGGAAACUAUGAUGUGCUGACCUCAACGCGUGACUAUGCAGAAAAGAAGGAGAGAGAGAGAGAGAGAGGGGAAAGGAAGAAAGAUGAUAAGGAGUCAAUGAAUUUUCUUGUACACUGCUGAAUCUCGUCUAAAUUCCUGCCGAAGUUUUCAAGUGUAAUUAAGGUUAAAUUAAAAGGAUAAAACGACUGCGUUCCGUUCAUCCGCGCUACGACGUCGAGUGUAUCGUGAUGCGACACGAAGUACAAGCGAAUAUAAGCCGCGAGACGAUGGGAUAGGUAACUGUUGGAACAAUUUAAAGGAUAUCGCCUCUAUUCACCGCAAAAUUUACGGUGCGCGGGAUACACGUCGUCGCGUUGGCAGAUUUACGAGGGGCAGCGCGGCCGGGCGGGAUACUAUACGGUAUCACGGCCUUCGUUUAUCGUAUCGCGUUACCGUAAUUGAUGUCAUGCUUAUCCCGCUGGUUCCGCCCUGCCAAGGACGUAUUCCCGCGCGUGGUGGCUACAGAUUAUUAAUAUUAUCAUUAUCACGAUUAUAUAUUAUGAUUACAUGUUAUGAAGUACCGUCAAACACACACAUACACACACGGUGAGGAAAUUGUUAUGUCGUAAUUACCAUUGCCGACGCGCAAUUAUUACGUGCUGCUAUAUUGCGAUUACCAUUACUACUACUUCUACUACUACUAUUACUACUACUACUAUUGUGUAGUUAUUUUAAACGAAAUUUGAAAGCUUUCUUAUUGCGAUUUCUCUAUUGUACCACUUAUAUAUACAUUUGACGCACGAUUUUUCGAGAAUAAAUAUUUAUGAAACGCUCCAUUCUUAAUGAACGACUUGUUUUUCCACGCUCGACACGACGCUGCGGCCAUCCCGUUCUGUCGACCGAUGAUGUAAAAAUUUCUACUUUUUCUUUUUUAUCUUGUUUCUUCCUUAUUGUGCGACUAUAUGUAGACCAGCCGCUGUCUGUGAAUCGUUUCGAUACAUCUCGCGUCGCGUCAUAAAAGUCGGGGUGGGAAAAAAUCGAGAGCUACCUCGCCCGUUAAUUUAGCCGGCUCGCGAGACACAAAGAGUCGAGAUACUUUUAAUUAAUGAACAUGCCGUUAAUGCGGAAUAUAAGGUUAUGUCGGCCGGUGCUGUUUUCCACUUUCUACAUAACAUCGGUCUCUCCUGGAACUUCGCUGCAUCGACUCCGGGCCAGAGGGCGGAUGCGAUGACGUAUCGACCGGCCGAGGUCAAGCGAGGUCACCAAAGUUCAUAGCGCGCUUGAUGCAAAAGUACCAGCGUCAGUCCGCACCGUCGAUCGACACCAAAAAACAUUCGAUUUGCCGGCACGCGACUCGCGUGCUCUCGUCGAGGAACAUCGACCAUCUCCGCGUCGCGGAUUUUUAUUGCAAAGAUGAUCGGGGCUAUGCCAGCGGUGGCUGUUCGCCAUGAGCGCAGGAGGCAAGAAAAAAGGCUGAAGCGGCCGAGUCAGCUCUAUCUGAGUGGGCAAUGGCUACCACCCCUCCAGGGCUCACCACCCACCCCCAGUCCGCAUGGUCACAACAAUCUGGAGCCCAGACCCGAGCUCUACUUAUGCGGCAAGAUAUCUGGGCUACACGCCGUGGUGGUGUGCCUGUUGUUGGGCGCGGUGGUGCUUGUAGUCGGUCUCGUCCAACUUGCACCGGGAGCAACGACCACCAACCACAGGUUGGCGUUACUCGUGGCGGGUACUGCCCUACUUAUAAUGGGUUUCGUCCUGGCCGCCGUGAGAUGUUACGUGAUACACUGCUUACCGUUCCCAGUGGAGUCGCCGGUCGCUACUCCCAUUCCGCAGCCGACGAGUGAGCCUCAGGCAGCCGUGCACAAGGGCACCUUGGACCUCCUGGUGGGCCAUCAGAGUCAGCCAGAGACCGACGCGCUGAUGCAGCAUCAUCAUCACAAUAACCAUCGGAUCAAACGCAGUUCUCAGGGCUCGCACUCCGAAGAGGCCUAAGAUACAUAGGGAGUGGGGAUCGAAAACGAGAGGGAAAGAGAAAAAGAGGAGGAUCGAGUCCUAGAUUGGACGCAAGCACGAAGGGAUGAUUUCGAUUUCGCGAAUGAGUCCAGACCGGACGAGAGAGGAGUGGUUGGAAAGCUAAGGAGAAAUUUCUCGGGAGGAAGGAGGACAUCGCCAUUCUUUCUUAACACCUUCGAUGUACGCGGAGUCUUCCGGAAAGUUGCGUUUUCUUCCCCCUCGGACGACGUGCGCGGGGAAUAAGGACGAACAAGACAUCAGCAUUAACACGUUCGCUGCCCAUCACGCGCCAGCGCGCGAGAGAUCUAUAUGUUCAAAGUAAGCUGGCCCAUUGGACUUUCAGGGGUAGUGUGCCGUUUCAGAUGGGCAGCGAACGUGUUAAUCAGGCGGACGAACCACGCGUUUUAGAAGUACAUUAAACAGACUGAUCGGUAAAUUAUUAACGACACCCGACAAGCGGUGAGAGCAGAUCUCAAUCUCCGGUGCUCG